CGGCGGGGCGCGGCCUGGCGGCGGGAUGACCGAGGUGAAGUUGGCCGUGCUGGGCGGGAGUGGAGCCGGCAAGUCGGCGCUGGCGGUGCGGUUUCUGACCAGGCGGUUCAUCGGAGAGUACGCGUCCAACGCCGAAUGCAUCUACACUAAGCACUUGUGCUUGGAUGGGAGGCAGAUACACUUGGAAAUUUAUGACCCUUGUUCACAGCCACAGCGGGGAAAGCUCUCCCUCACAGACGAGCUCCAUUGGGCUGAUGGAUUUAUCAUUGUUUAUGACAUCAGUGACAGGGCAUCGUUUGCAUUUGCCAAGGCAUUGCUGUACAGGAUCCGAGAGUCUCACGUAGGAGCUUGUAAGAAAAUGGUCGAGUCAUCAGUAUUUUUGGUAGGUAAUAAACAGGAUUUAUGCCACAUGAGGGAAGUUGGCUGGGAUGAAGGACAGAAGCUUGCAAUCGAUAACAAGUGCCAAUUCUGCGAACUAUCUGCAGCAGAACAUUAUCAGGAAGUUGUGGCAAUGUUCAUGAAAGUCCUCAAGAAUAUCACCUCAAAUUUCAAAAUGAAGGAAAAGAGACGACCAAGUGGAUCAAAGUCAAUGGCCAAGUUAAUCAACAAUGUGUUUGGAAAGAGAAGGAAAUCUGUGUAAAAGAUGGUUGGUCUUGAAGUAGGAACAAGCUGAAAUAAAGUUGCUCAGGCAGCUCUUGGGAUUCGGUCAAUUUCCUCCAAAGGUUAGUAUCUGGAGGAGUAAGGCAGUAGAAACCAAAGGCAGGAAAUAGUAUGGAUGGGGUCUAAACCUAGAAGACCUGACUUUCUAUUUCCAGUUCUACUACAGAUUUACUGUGUUAAAGGUAUGUCACUUAAAUUCCAAGCUGCUCCUCUCACCCUUUCUCUCAGAAGUUCUUUGAAGGAGAGUUUUAGUAUGCAUUUAUUCAAGACCAACGUGGUCUUGAAUAUCUAACAUGGAUAGAGCUUCUAGGUGUGACUGAAUUGUAAACAGUUAUUUCCAAGAAACUCAGCUUUGCUGAUCAAAAUCUUACUUUAGAAUGAAGAGAAGCAGCUGUUGUUUUUUUUUUUUUUCUGUGCAAGAACAGUUGCACUAAAGAAAAGCAAAAUACUACUGCUUCAUGUGAUAUUUCUAUGUAACUCAAGGAAGGAUCACUCAUAUCCUUGUGUGCCUAAAGGUGCCUAACACUUCCUUCAAUUCAUAUGAAUUAAAUGCUUAGACACCAAAUCAAAAAAGGUAUUCACUGCAAAGCUAUCUUGCAGAGGUGGCAGAAGGGAAGCAGUAUUGUCUCCUGUCUCAGUAUUUGGAGGUUUGUUUUUUUGAGUGAUGAAAGAAAGUAGAGAAGGUUGAAGAGGGUGGGAACUGGAAUGUUAGUGAAAUGUUAGUCAGUGAGCAUUGGACUGUUUGGCAAGGUUGUUUAGUGAAAUAAUUUUAUGGCAAAGGCCAAUGUGAAGGCCAGGGUAACAUCUGAGGCUGAUCACUUGCACGGAGUAGUUUUUGUGGACUGUAACAAGGUUUCUUUACCUGUAAGAUGGAUGUGCCUGUUCAAUUUUAGAUGGGAAUGGAAGCUUGAAAAGCACAUAGAAUGUUCAAGAUCACAGGUUCUCUAGGCUGUCUGCCUGGAUUUAAAGGUCAGCCUUCUGGUAGGACCUGUGCUCCUAACUUAACACAGUGUUUUUCCGAAGGACCAAUGUCUUUACAAGUAGUCAUCACUGUGGUAUUGAAAUGCCACUUGAGAAAGCACUAAGGAAUAUGUUAGCUAUGCUUUUCAAAUGUGGCUAUUAAACAUCAGACAGAUAUAAAUAUGUUGUCAAUUGACAUUCAGAGCUCUUAGUGUAGGCGACUAAAUAAGGGCUUAGCCCAGUGUGUUUGAAAGUGCUGUGCUCAUACAGAAAUUAUGAAAGGGAAGUGAUCUGAAGAUGAAUUACUGCCUCCUAUGCGUUCCAGAGGACAGCUGGGAUUUGGUCUGAGCAAGUUGCUGAGUGGGAGCCUACUUCUGCUCUGAAUUUUUUCCUGUGUGCAAACUUGUAAAAGUAUCAGUCACAGCAGAACACCAGUUUUUUUUUUCAGACAUCCACCCCAUAACAUUAAAAAAAGCUCUAUAAUCUUAGUGUUACUUUUGUAAAAUAAAAGCACAUUUUGAUAAGCGUUGACCAAAGAUGACUUUUUUUUUUAAAAGGAAGAGAUAGUGUUUAUUUCACUUGUUUUAAGAUUCCAGGUAUUGGAAUAUAGUUCUCAGUGUUGAUAGGCACAGUGUUGCUUUGUUUCUAUGCAGAUACUGCUGCCAUAUCAGUAGUGCAUUUAACUGUACUGUCAAUAUCUAUAAAGCUCAAUAUGAAGACUAUGCAUGUACAGCCUUCAUCUUUCCAGUGCCCACUGAAUUCUAGAACUGCUAAUAGACUGCUGACCUGUCAGGUAGCUGUAUCUCACCAGCUCUAGCAUUGCCAGAUUCGAGAACUGUUAACUAUAUUUACUGCUGUGGUAUUAAAUAAACUGGAUAUUAGCUGGAUGUAUCAAAGCCUUUUUUUUUUUUUUCCCCUUUACUGUAGUAUACAGAUACAGACUUCUUGUUUUGAUUACUGUAAAAGUGAAGCACCAGACAGAUCUGGAAUUCAAAUUUGAAAGAGUAGAUCUGGGAAUCAGAUACUUGCACAAAAAAAUGCCUCUAGCUAUAUUUUUCGUACACAAUGAAGAAGCCUUCAUGUACUUCUAUGCAGUGAACGGUAGGGAACGUUUCUAAAAAUCUGUAUCCUUUAAAAAUUUGUCAGGACAGCCCCAGAGAAGCUAAUUAAUUUUGAUUUGCUCAUAUUAAUGGAAAUACGAACUUUCAGGUAGGUGGAAUCUGUGGUAUACACGGUUUUCCUUACAUUUUUGUUCAAAUGGGUCCAAGUGUUGGAACUCAGAGUGACUGUAUUCUGGCCCCUUGCUAGGCUUCACUCACCUGAAAACCAGCUGAAACAGAUGCAGGAUGCAUUUAUAUUUAAGCAUACAGAAGCAUCCCAUAUAGACAUGAUUUUACGGUCUUGGGAUCAGGAUUUCACUUGUCUUUUAUUGCUGUUAAGUGCAGAUGAACAAGAGUGCAGAAUCUGAGAAGGAAUUAAAUUUUAAAGCAGUAAAGCAGAUACACACUUCCCCUUUCCAAGUACGUUUUAGUAAUAUGUAUUUUUUUAAAAAAGUGAAGGCCUUUUAAAGAAAAAUGAAAUACCUAAAGAGCAUUUGUAUACUGCUAAGUGUUCUUGGGGUUUUAACAGUGAAGGUAAUGUGUUACUGGCUUAGCCACAUUUUUAAAUGCUAGCAAGAGCCCUGUUGCAUAACACAGUGAAUGAUGUAACUGAUGUUAAAUGCUCAACCUUGUUAGUGACAUCACAUAGAGGACGUUGAACUUGUUGUGGAAACAUGUAUUUUUGUUGCUGUGGUUUGCUUGCAUGUGACUGUCCUUUCUCACUGAAAUAUUUUGAAAUUGUCAUAUAAGAGUUAAAAGUAUCUGGAAGUCUUUGUUUAUAUGAUCUUUCUCGUUUCAGUAAAAUUUGCUUGAGAAAGGCACUCUGAAUUGAUCUUCAGCUUGUUUUUACUUUAAGAACAGUGACAUAAAAGCAGAGAGGUUCUACUGAUGUAUAAAGGUAAUAGCCCCUGGCUCCCCGGUGCUGUCUCUCAGAGAGCUUUAGGGAGGUUUUUGAAGCUCACUCUUACUGCAUUUUUGAAAUAAACAAUCCAGACA